ACCUAAAGAUUAUUGCUCUUAAUGAUAAGAUUAUUUCUUAUAACCCUCAUGUUGGAAGAGAUGCAACAAUAGAGCCUAGCAGGCAGUCACUUUUUGUGAAUAGUCAGUCAUUUCUCAUGAGCAAUCAGUCAUUUUUUGUAGGCAGUCAGUCAGUUUUUGUGGACAGUCAGUCAAUUUUC